AUGAAAAAUUAUAGUAAGGAAAUAAUGCUCAUGAAAAAGAAAAAGGAUAGUAACUUUACUAAAGUAAAUAAACUAUUAGAAAAAAUUAUAAAUCUUCUAAAAUUAUAUAUAAAAGAGAGAAUUGAAAUAGCUAAGCAAGAUAAUCCUGUAUACACUGAGACUUUUAUUAAAAUUCUUGAUGACAAUAUUUGUUAUAUAUUCAACUUAUUAAUGAAUAAUAAAGAUAUCAAAACUUAUAUAAAAAAAGUAAUUGGCAUGAAUAAUGAUUUAACUGAUAACGUUUUACAUUAUUCUGAAUUACAUUUUUUUAUAUCUCAUGAAUCUGAGUUAUUUUUUAAGAAGUUGAAGAACGAAGUAUCAAUAUGUAAAAGAAUUAUUAAACAUAUAUCAGAUGUAAGUUUCCUUUUAAAAUAUUAUACGUACUGUAUUAGAUUAAAUGAAACUAAAAGAAAAAAUAUAAUUGAUAAUCUAUCCUUUGUUAAAAAUUUAUUUCUUAAGAAUUUUGAAAAUUUUCAGAACAUUUCUGAUGAAAUUAAUAAUGAAAUAUUUUUCAAAGUAAUAUAUUCCAUGCUAAAUUUAAAAAAUAUAAACGAAUAUGAAACAAUAGAACUACAAGAAUCCGUUUCAAUUAUAAAAGAAAUAAAUAACAUUUCUUCUAAUUCAAGUAAUACUACAGAAGAGUCAGUGUUAUAUGCUGUACGUAAAAAAGGAAUUGAUAAUAUUGAAAUAUCUUCUAGUAUAAGUAAUAUUUCGGAAAAUUCAAUUUCUUAUACUGAUUAUAAAUCAGGAAUUCAUGAUAAUGAUACUUUUGUAUUGAAAAACGAAGAAAUAAUGCAAAAUACUACAAAUGAAAUAGAAAAUAUAAUAACGAAUGUUUUGGAUCAUAGUAUUAAUAAAACCAAUAAAAAAUAUUGUUAUUUAAGUAACAACAAUUUAGGGAAAAGUUCAAUGAUAUCUCAAAAUAAGAUGGAUUUAGCACACCACUUUAAUAUAUAUAGUAGAGAAGAAGAUUGUAAUAUACAGAAUACAUGGCAUGAAGAAUUGAAUCCUAAUAAAAAUAUGACAAGAAAGAAUAUAAGAGUAUUUGAAGAAAACUUCUCCUUUAAGAAAAAUAAUUUAGAAUCCGAAAAUUAUAUUAAAAAAGGUACUUUUCUUGGUUUUAAAGAUAUUAAAGAUGAAUGCUUGAAUAAAUACGAACAGAAAAACUUUUAUAUAUCUCAAAAAAAUGAUAAUAAAUUAGGAGACAAUGCAAUUUAUUAUAAUAAAGAUAAUAUAAAAAAUGCUAAAAUCUCUAAAGGAAUACUUAAUAAUAAUUGUAUUGAUAAUAUAUGUUAUAAAGAAUGCAAUACUAUAAUGCACCUAAUAAAUUAUACAAAAACUGUUAUGUAUAAACUAAAAGAUAGUUACGCAAAAGAUGUGCAAAUAUCUGAACAAUUUUCUAAUUAUUAUUAUUAUGGAAAAAAAAUUAAAUACCUAUUUCCUGAGUAUAGUUUUUCAAUGUGCAAAAAAAUUGUUGCUGCUUUUGAAGAAUUAAAUGAGAACCCCAUUUAUGAAUUGUCUAGAUUACACAUUAUUGAGCAAUUUUGUAAAAAGAAUAAUUGCGAAAAAAAAAAUAUACCUAAAAUAUUAAGGUUAGAUUUAAGAGAAACAAUAAUAGAUAUAUGUGAAUUGAUUGAAGAAAUAGAAUUAUUAGAUAUUUAUGAAAUAAUUGAUAAAUAUAAAAAUAUACAUAUAUAUAAAAAUGGAUUUAUUUCCUACUAUGAUGUGAAACAUCCAUUUGUUUGUACUUUGUUUAAAUUUGAUGCUCUUUUGUGUAAUUUUGUAGAUAAAUUACAAAAAUAUUCUAUAAUUACAACAUAUUUUGAUUACGAUGCAGAUAAAAUUAUUAGAAAUUAUUCAUCUCAAAUAAGUUAUUGUUUUAGGAAAAUAAAUUAUUAUCUUAAUAAAUUCUCAAAAUUAUGUGUAUCUAUAGAUUAUAAAUGGAAUAGUAUACCUGAAAUAAAAUAUGAUUUUCAAAAAAUAAAAAGUGAAAAUGAAGUAGAUGUAUCAAUUAAUGAUAAAAUAUUAAAUGGUGUUCUUUUGAAAUAUAAAAAAUCUAUUGAAGAUGGCACUUAUAAUCCUCAUCCUAAUUAUGAUUUCACAGUUCCUGGUGCAUUUUUCUGUAUUUAUCUAUACACAACAGAUAUAUAUUCUAAAGUAUGCAGUUCAUUAAUUGAACGCAAUGUUGAAAUUACAAAAGAAAAUAAUUUAAUUAGUAAAAUAAUUUUUAAUAAAUAUGGUAUUGAUCUUUCAACUAAUACUCUUAAAACUUUAGAUACUGAAUUAGAAAAUUAUAAUCAACAAAGAAAACAAGAAUCAUCAAAUAUACCUAUACAAGCAAUUAUUAACAAUAAUAUAAUUAUAGAAACUAAAAAAUUAUUAUUUAUUAAUAACAAUAAAAUAAAAAAAAUAUCAGCAGAAUUAAUUUAUUCCGAUGAUAAAAAUAAUACUUCAGAAGAAACAUGUAGUUAUGACCACCUUAAAUUUAUUAAAUCAGAUGUUCCUAAAUUAGAAACAUUUCCAAAAUUAUAUGAUGAUUGUAUAUCUCAAAAUACAUUUAAUGAAAAUAAAAAAAAAAGGAAAUAUAAAAAUAAAAAGAAGGAAGAAGAAUCAUGUGAUGAUAAAUAUUCUGAUAAAAUUUGUUUAAAAAAAUAUAAAAAGAGAUAUAAUAAUUUAUUAUUUUCUUAUUGA